AAAACAAAAAUUUUAAAUAUUUAAAUCCCAACAUAAACUCUCCCUUUUAAACUCCAAACUCCGGCCAACGUUGUAACUGUGCUCCCUCUGCGCACGUUAUCACCAUGCGUCACCGACACCAUCGACGAUCAUGAAGUACCAUCGAUCCAAAACCAGAGUCAACUCACACCACUCUCCUCCUUCUUCCCCAUAUGUCAAAACGCUAACCCUAACUUCCAAGAUGGGAUCACGCAAAUCAAUCGUCAAACAAACCCUAGCCACGGUGAUUAUACUCUUAGGCUGCUACGCAUUCUUCAACACAAUCCUCUUCCCCAGCCCUUCAAAGCUUGAAACCAACCUCCUGUUCGGUUCCCGAGAAAAUCUUGUCAAUUCUCCAGGAAAUUCACUGCCCGUCAAGGUCUACAUGUACGAUCUACCCAGACAAUUCACCUACGGGGUCAUCGAGAGCUACUCGAUGGCUCGUGGAGGUCUGAAGUCACCGGUGGACGACGUGUCGGAGCUGAAGUACCCGGGGAAUCAGCACCCUGCGGAGUGGUACUUGUUUGCCGAUUUGAUCCGGCCGGACCGGACUGGGUCGUCAGUGACCAGGGUUUUGGACCCUGAAGAGGCGGACUUGUUCUAUGUGCCGUUCUUUUCGUCGUUGAGCUUGGUGGUGAACCCGAUUCGGCCUGGUGUGGUUGUGGACCCGCCGGUGUACAGUGACGAGGAGAUGCAGGAGGGGUUGAUCAAAUGGUUGGAGGAGAAGGAGUAUUGGAAGAGGAACAAUGGUUGGGACCAUGUCUUCAUAUGUCAGGAUCCGAAUGCACUGUAUAAAGUUGUUGAUCAGGUGAAGAAUGGGGUGUUGCUUGUUUCGGAUUUCGGGAGGUUGGGGCAUGACCAGGCCUCGCUGGUGAAAGAUGUGAUUUUGCCGUAUUCGCAUCGGAUCAGAACCUUCGACGGCGACGUUGAUGUCGAGAGUCGGAAGUCGCUGUUGUUCUUCAUGGGCAACCGGUACCGAAAAGAGGGUGGGAAAAUUCGUGACUUGCUCUUUCAACUACUUGAGAAUGAAAAAGAUGUUAUUAUAAAACAUGGUGCACAGUCCAGAGAGAGUCGCCGUGUGGCUUCACAAGGGAUGCAUUCAUCAAAGUUCUGUUUACAUCCUGCUGGUGAUACUCCAUCAGCUUGUCGACUCUUUGAUGCUAUUGUGAGCUUGUGUGUACCAGUUAUAAUCAGUGACUUUAUUGAGUUGCCUUUUGAAGAUGUCAUAGAUUACAGAAAAAUUGCAAUUUUUGUCGAUACCAACUCAGCUAUAAAAUCAGGAUACUUAGUUAAAUUGCUUAGGGCAGUAAGCACGGAGAGGAUUCUGGAGUUCCAACAAGAGCUGAAAAAGGUGAAGCGAUAUUUUGAGUACGAGGAUCCAAAUGGAACAGUGAACGAAAUCUGGCGCCAAGUCUCAUUCAAGCUCCCCCUUGUCAAACUGAUGAUCAAUCGUGAUAAACGUCUUGUAAAGAGGGAGUUGAUUCAACCAGACUGUUCUUGUCUUUGUUCGAACAAAUCAGGGGUUCUCACAACUUUGUGAUGCUGCUGCCUUUGUGGAUUCGCGAAGGGAACUUCCAAGAGAAAAUUAUUAGUGCCACUCCUUUGUACAUCAUUGCCGGAAACUUGCCAUUUCUCAGGGCACGAGAGGGUUGACCAGGUAGCAUCAACUGUUUACUUUAAGCGGAAUCGUUCAUUUGUUCUCUAGAGACAUGGGUUAUUGAAUCCAUAAUAGAAUAACAACUACUCUCAUUCGUUUGAGUAGUUGUGUAUAAAUUGCCCUCAAUUUUUUUGUUAGUGUACUUGUACUUGGAGAUGUGGACAAUCUUAGCAGGUGGAAGUCCAAUCUCUUGUAUUUAUAACUUUACUCUAUAUACACGGCAGUAUAAGAAAUCAAAAUUAUUGUUUAAUUUUAUCUGAUGAUAAA